AUGGAUAGUCAUGCUUGGAAACUCAUACUCACAGAAAUAUCUCAGGCUCUUGUUUUAAAUGGAUUUAGAGGAAGGUUGAGUCUCAAAAUUAAGGGUGAAGAUUUUGUGACUUUGGUGACUAAAUCAACUCACCAAGACACUGCAACAAGGAUGACUAGUACUGUACACAGAGCUUACAACACAGGCAGAUCCACAAGGUUGACUGCUAAGAAAUAUUCCCAAGUGAUGAAGAGGGAAACAAGUGAGCUUCUAAGAAUUAAUUUUUUGAUGGAUGAAGUGAAGGAUUUGGGUGACACCUUAGAAGAGAAACCCUAUGUUAUUACUUGGGAUGGAGCCUUAAGGAUUGAGAAGGUUGUUGAUGAAACUGGAAGUAGAGAAAAGAAGGUCAACAAACGGAAGGUGAAAUCAGUUGAAAGAAAUGAGAAACAUGAGGCUAUAGAUGUAGAGCUUGACAUAAACGAAACGGAUAAAUCUGGCCAAGUAAACAAGACUAACCUCGUUGGAUUGCUUAGAGAUGAUGUUGGACAGUUGAAAGAACUUGAGGGGAAGACUCUUGUUUUAAGCACCAAAAAAGAGCCAAAGUUUGAAGAACCUGAAGAGAAACAUCUCACAGGGGAGUUUGAUAAAGAGAAGUUUGAGGGAUUUUUCGUCUCUUUUCUCGGGCCACUGACAUUAUACUUACACGGUUAG